AAUCAAUCUUGCUCUUUUAUGUGUAAGACUGAAAUUACAAUAAAUUGUUUGUACUGAAAAUCAUAUCAGUUAUUAUUUUCAAACCACGUAAUUUUCCUUUAUGGUAGCAGAGCAUGGUUCUGUGGAAAUAACAGAAGACUGAAGGAAGUGAUUAUACAACUGUUAAAAUUAAGUUAAGUAAUUUGGAAGUUAUAAAACUUCAUCUUCAAAAUGGGUUCAAAUUUGUUUAAUUUGGAAAAACUAGUCGGAAGAGAAAAUUUUACCACUUGGAAAUUCUCUAUGAAAACAUAUUUACAGCAUGAGGAUUUGUGGUGUUGUAUCGAACCGUCUGAUAACAAAUCAAUGGAAGCAAGUAAGGAUGUAAAGGCCAAAGCCAAGUUGAUUCUACUUCUGGACCCUUAAAAUUAAGUUCAUGUUAAAGAUUGUUUAACUGAAAAAGAGGUAUGGGAAUGUUUAUAACAAGCUUUUGAUGAUAAAGGGCUCACGCGAAGAGUUAGCUUACUAAAAGACUUGAUAAAUACCACAUUGGAAUCUAGUAAUAGUGUUGAAGAAUAUGUGAGCAAGAUCAUGAAUACUGCUCACAAGCUAGGUAACAUUGAUUUUGACGUAAACGAUGAAUGGCUUGGUACUUUGAUGCUGGCAGGCUUACCAGAUGAAUACAAGCCCAUGAUUAUGUAGCUUGAAAGCUCGGGCAUUAAAAUAAGUGUUGAUUCAGUUAAGUCUAAGUUAAUACAAUAAAUUAGUACAUCAAAGUCAACAGUCUUUUAUACAAAUUAUAAGAAAUCCAGAAGUAAUACUCAGCAAGUUAAAAACAGAGGACCAAAAUGCUAUAAUUGCAAUAAAUAUGGUCAUUUUGCUAAACUAUGUAAACAACCAAAGAAGUUAGCAAAUAAAGGAGAAGGUUCAAGUUUUGUAGCUGCUUUCCCAUAACUGUUAAACAAAAUGUGAGUGAUAAAUGGCUAAUAGACUCAGGAGCAUCUUUGCACAUGACUUGCAGAGAUGACUGGUUGUAUAAUGUCACUGAGCCAACUGUGAAAAGUGUUAUUGUGGCAAACAGAGAGCCAUUAACUGUAAAAGGAGUUGGAUGUGUGGACAUUCAAAUAAAUCAGAACGAUAAAAUACAAGUUAAAAAUAUACUGUUUGUUCCUGGUUUAGCUGCCAAUCUCCUUUCAGUCAGCACAAUCGUGAAGAAAGGGCAUAAUGUUAUAUUUUAUGACAAGGGAUGUGACAUUCAGAAUGCUAAAGGAGAGGUUAUCUGUAAUGCAGUAUUAAAAAAUAACCUAUACGUUAUGAACAUAAGUGGAGAAGAGGUUCAUCUGACUUCAAGUGCUGUGAAUUCUAAUGAUACUUAUCUGUGGCAUCUGCGAAUGGGACACUUGAAUUUUUCAGAUAUUAAGAAACUGCCAAAUUGUGUUGAAGUUGCAGACAUGGAGGGCCGGUCAGCCAGUAAUAGCACUGCUCCUACCAGUACUGGGAUGUCAUCUGAUAUUCAAAAUCAGGAAAUACACACUGAGAAGUCAUCAAGUAAGGAAUUGAAUGAACCUAUAAGUAGAAGCGAAGACUCACUUGGAAAGUUUUCUAUGAAACAGAAAACUCAAUUAUUAGUUUAGUAACAACCCUUUAGCUAAUUAUGUAUUGAGUAUCUAUCAAUCAAAAAAAAUAUGUGAAAAACGAUUAGAUUAAGUUUGUUUUAUUAAAAGAUCCCCAGUUUAAUGCUCUUGAAAUAUCAAAGUUCCAAAAG